GCUCGACCACAAACAACCCAGCGACCCCCCAAUGACCGCAACUCUAUCAGUGGUAGAGUUGGCCAAACGGCAGGCGGCCUACCGCGCCGUUGACGAGCACUUCCCCCCACACGCCCGCUUCGUCGGAAUCGGCUCCGGCUCAACAGUGGUGUACGUCGUCGAGCGAAUCGUCCAGCUCGGGCGCGAUGUCACCGAUUCCAUCACCUUCAUCCCGACCGGGUACCAGUCCAAGGAGCUGAUCACCAACGGCAGCUUGAAGCUCGGCUCCAUCGAUCGCUAUACUGAGCUUGACAUCGCUUUCGACGGAGCAGACGAGGUAGAUCCGUACUUGAACUGCAUCAAGGGCGGAGGUGCGUGUCUGUUCCAGGAAAAGCUUGUCGCGAUAUGCGCGAAGAAGUUUAUCGUCGUUGCUGGUGAGCCCUACUUCCCCGCUCCCCCUUAGGGGGGCCAUCACAUGACGCUUCGAAUCGAAGUUGACAAGUUUCCCCGGAUCUGAUAUAUAUAUGUAUAUACAAUAUAAAAGACUAUCGCAAACUCUCACCCUCGCUCUCAACCCACUACACCCCCGGCAUCCCCAUCGAAGUCGUCCCUCCGGCUGCUACCUACAUCAUAUCCCGUUUGAUCGCCCUCGGCGCCGUCAACCCCGCGAUCCGCAUGGGUGGGACAUCCAAAGCUGGACCGUGCAUCACCGACAAUGGUAAUUUCAUCAUCGACGCUCCGUUCCCUGAUGGGUUCAUCCCCUCGCCAUCCUCCCCACUUUCCCAUCCGCACAAGCCGCUUUCGCCGGCCCUUUCCGCUACUCCCGUCGAUGCUGCUGCCGUCGAGCGCGGCGGCGAGAGGGUCGGGGGCAUGGAUAUCCUAGGGAAGGAGGGGGGACAUCCCGGCGCUGCGGUUGGCAUGGGCGUCGGGAGUAACGAGAAGGUGGAGGAGUUGGCAAGGGCUCUGAAGAGUAUUGUUGGCGUCGUCGAGCACGGGAUUUUCUGGAACGGGGAUCGGAAGCCGGUUGUGGCUUACUUUGGCAUGGAGGACGGAAGGGUUGAAACCAGAGGCCAUACAUAGUCUACCGACAGUGGGCUUGGCAAUGUCGCGAUGACAAGCUGGCAUAUUGGACAUUGGAUCAAAAUGUCUUUUUUUCUCUUUCUUUUUCCUUUCUUCUUCCCCCCCCCCCCCUUCGAUAUCCAUCUUCCCCUUCGUACUUGAUUCAAUUAGUUUCCCACGAUAUGAUAGUGAUAUCGGGAAUGCCUGUCUCGAGGAGAAACCCUAGCAUACCGUACGGGCACAGGUGAACACCCAGGAAGACGUUUUCGUGCGUGUGCAAGUAUGACACUGUACAAGACAAGGAUUACCGGUAUUCGGGUGGUAAACCAUCCCUGUCCCCCCCCGAAAACAAUCUCCCGGGAACUCGUCCAGCACCGGCAACACACCCCGCAACAGGCGAAUACCGGCACAGCACCGUAGCAUCACAAUUAUCUCUACCGUACAGAGUACGGUACUCGUGCAAGUGCCAGGGGAGAUGCCUCCGUACAAGACAGGGAUUAUUUUGCGGGUUAACCUAAAUUAACUGUGCGAAAACAUUACAGUAUCCCUGGCACUUGUAAACCCCCAAAAUAAAACCCAACCCACCCUAAUAAAUCAAAAUCUCUCUCUCUCCACCAAAUCACAACUUCUCACCCGAAAGAUCCGAGAUCGUGCUCACCUGAUCACGUGUGACUCACCAGAGAACCUGACGCAGCCAAGCGCCCGCGCAUGACUCUCAGCGCCGCCUGUUGUCUUGUUCAAAACACGCGAAGAAAAGAAAAGAAAGGAAACGACAGAGACAAAGGCAAAGGCAAAGGCAGUCCAUCACCGACAGGAGCUGUUCCUCUUGUCCAAGAAGUAACCAGUUCCCAACAUGAGCUCUUCCUCUUCGUCAUCGCAAAGGCCGACGUUAAUCCGCCUCGGUCGUUAUGACACUCCCGACGCCGGCCAUUUCGUCCUGCUGCAUACGACCCCAACUAGCGCUGUGCAUCCAUUGAAUCUCAGGCUUCACGCGACGGAGGGGGAGAGAGCCUUUGCUACUAAUAGUAAUUUACCCAACCCGCCCCAAUACUUCAAGGUGAGACACGUCGCUAACGGUCCGUGCUCGGGAUACCGGUAGUCACGCAAUCCAAGAUCUACGAGCUACGGGCGAGGUCGUACACUGGGACUUCUGAAGAUUUGGAAAAGAUAUUCUUGGCUCUGCUGCUGAAGCAGGAUGUUGGGGUAGAGAGGGGCGUGGAGUUGGCCGCUGCGGUGGAUGCUAGAGGUGUUACGGUAUGAUCGCAACUCUUCCUUCCCCAUUCGGAACGAAGGAGGGGGACGCGGGGUCCGAGCUGACGAGAGUAGUUAACGGUCCGACAAGAUAUCGGCGGGAUAAAACAACGGAUCGCGGCUUUACAAAUUCCGGAGGAAGAAGUUGAGAUACCAAUUUUCGAGUGGGCGGUGGAGGCUUGCGGGGAUUUGAAUAGUGGCUCGGUAUGUGGUGCGCGUUUGUAGUCAGCACGCGGUGCGGGCCGAGCUAAUUCUGGGGUGGGUCCGGGACGAUCGGCAUAGUCUCAAUUAGGUAGCCUCCAGCGGAAGGUCGAAUCUCAGGAGAAGGAGAUUGAGGCUCUCACGAAUCAACUGAAGGAUUUGGCGGCGUUCAAGAAGGAACAUGAAGAGCAGCUACUAGUCAAGUUUAGUGAAUUGCUGAAUUCCAAGAAGGCGAAGAUUAGGGAAUUGAGUCGAGAGCUGGAGGUUAGAGGUGGUGAUGCGGGUGUGUUCUCCCCUGUCGGGUCAUCUUAUCCGCUGUGUUAAUGAUGAGAUACCCUGGACAGUAUCUUCAAAGGCGGAGUCACCAAUAGCGGAAGACGAACCGGAAGUCGCCGAGCCGGCCCCCGCCAGAGGAAGAGGAGGCAGAGGUCGAGGCAGGGGCAGAGGCAGAGCCAAGGCCGCGGCACCCCCCAGGAAGCGAAAGCCAAUCGCGCCCCCCACGGAUUCCGAAUCGGACGGUUUCGUAAAAAUGGAGAUGGAUGAUAAAGGGAAGCCAUCUCCCGAUGACGAAACCGAGGACUCUGAGGAAGAGGCCGGACCCAGCCGUGGAUACCUGCGGCAGGACGCAAGGAGCGACCGGAGCAUCACCGAAGACGAGGACGAACUUCCUCCCGUCAGGAGACCAAUUGCAUUCACCAUUAAAAAACCCGACCCCGCAGCCGAGAGGACCCCCGAUGAUGAGGAUGUCGAGAUGGACGAACCUCUCCCGGCACAACCUUCCAGGACCAGCGGACGGGCACGGGGUGGGGGCGGAAAGGGGAAGGCGCCCGCUUCGCCGCCGACGUUGCGGGGUAAAGGCAGAGCCACUCGGCCAAAGCCGAAGGCGCCAAGUCCCUACUCUUCUUCAGUAGAAUACAAGUUGGAUACGGGAGACAGUGAGGAUGAUGAUGAACUAUAG